CCGCGGCCGCCAUCUUGUCGCGGAGGAGCCGAGCGGAGCGGGCGGGACCCGGCGGCGGGGCCUGGACAGCGACAUUGAUGUCCAGCUCCCCGCUGUCGAAGAAGCGCCGCAUCUCUGGGUCUGAGCCACCGACGGGCUCCAGCCGCGCCCCCGCCCCCGCCGUGUCCCCCAGCGUCAUCCCCACCAACGGAAUGGCGAAGAACGGGGCCGAGGCCGAGAUCGAUGAGGGGCUCUACUCCCGCCAGCUGUACGUGCUGGGCCACGAGGCCAUGAAGCGCAUGCAGACCUCCAACGUGCUGGUGUCGGGGCUGCGGGGGCUCGGCGUGGAGGUGGCCAAGAACCUGGUGCUGGGGGGCGUCAAGUCUGUCACCCUGCAUGACCCCCACCCUGCGGCCUGGACAGACCUCGCCUCCCAGUUCUACCUGCGGGAGGAGGACGUGGGGCAGAGCCGGGCGGAGGCGACGCUGCCGCGCCUGGCGGAGCUCAACUCCUACGUGGCCGUGACCAGCACGCGGGAGCCGCUGUCCCAGGAGCUGCUGGCGCCCUUCCAGGUGGUGGUCCUGACCAACUCCCCCCUGGAGGAGCAGCUCUGGGUUGGAGACUUCUGCCACAGCCACGGCAUCAAACUGGUGGUGGCCGACACGCGCGGGCUCUUCGGGCAGCUGUUCUGUGACUUUGGGGAUGACAUGGUGGUGACAGACCCCAACGGGGAGCAGCCCCUCAGCGCCAUGGUCUCCAUGGUGACCAAGGGGUGCCCCGGGGAGGUGACGUGUCUGGACGAGGCACGUCACGGCUUCGAGACGGGCGACUUUGUCACCUUCACCGAGGUGGAGGGGAUGGAGGAGCUGAACCGCUGCGGCCCCGUCGAGAUCCGCGUCCUCGGGCCGUACACCUUCAGCAUCGGGGACACCAGCGGGUUCGGGGACUACGUGCAGGGGGGCAUCGUCACCCAGGUCAAGAUGCCCAAGCACAUCCACUUCAAGCGGUUCCGGGAUGCUCUGGCCGAGCCGGAGAUGAUGGUGAUGGAUUUCGGGAAGGCCGAGAGACCCUCGAUGUUGCACCUGGGGUGGCAGGGGCUGCACCACUUCAUGCGCCAGCACGGCCACCCCCCCCGGCCCCGCCACCAGGGUGACGCGGCCGAGGUGGUGGCCCUGGCCCGGGAAGUGGCUGCGGGGGCGGAGCUGGACGAGGAGCUGGUGCGGGAAUUGGCCUUCCAGGCCACCGGGGACCUGGCUCCUGUCAACGCCUUCAUCGGGGGCCUGGCGGCUCAGGAGGUCAUGAAGGCCGUGUCGGGGAAGUUCACGCCCAUCACUCAGUGGCUUUACUUCGACGCGCUGGAGUGUUUGCCCGAGGAGGACCGCGACUUGCUGCUCACCGAGGAGCAGUGCCGGCCGCGCAACAGCCGCUACGACGGGCAGAUCGCCGUGUUCGGGGCGGAGCUGCAGGCCAAGCUGGGCGCCCAGAAGUACUUUGUGGUGGGGGCGGGGGCCAUUGGUUGUGAGCUGCUCAAGAACUUUGCAAUGGUGGGGCUGGGCUGCGGCCCCGACGGCAGCGUCACCGUCACCGACAUGGACACCAUCGAGAAGUCCAACCUCAACCGCCAGUUCCUGUUUCGGCCCUGGGACGUCACGAAGCUGAAGUCGGAGCGGGCGGCGGCGGCGGCGCGGGAGAUGAACCCGGCGCUGCGCGUGAGCAGCCGCACCGACCGCGUGGGGCCCGACACCGAGCGCGUCUUCGACGACGAGUUCUUCGAGGGGCUGGACGGCGUCGCCAACGCCCUGGACAACGUGGACGCCCGGCUGUACAUGGACCGGCGCUGUGUGUACUACCGGAAGCCGCUGCUGGAGUCGGGCACGUUGGGCACAAAGGGCAACGUGCAGGUGGUGAUCCCGUUCCUGAGUGAGUCGUACAGCUCCAGCCAGGACCCCCCUGAGAAGGCCAUUCCCAUCUGCACCCUCAAGAACUUCCCCAACGCCAUCGAGCACACGCUCCAGUGGGCACGUGACGAGUUCGAGGGGCUCUUCAAGCAACCGGCUGAGAACGUCAACCAGUACCUGAUGGACCCCAAGUUCCUGGAGCGGACGCUGCGCUUGGCGGGGACGCAGCCGCUGGAGGUGCUCGAGGCCGUCCAGCGCAGCCUCGUGAGCGACCGGCCCCGGGCCUGGCCCGACUGCGUGGCCUGGGCCUGUCGGCACUGGCACCGCCAGUACAAAAACAACAUCCUCCAGCUGCUGCACAACUUCCCCCCGGAACAGAGAACGAACUCGGGGACCCUGUUCUGGUCGGGGCCCAAGCGCUGCCCCCACCCCCUUGACUUUGACCCCAACAACCCCCUGCACCUGGACUACGUGAUGGCGGCGGCGAACCUGUUUGCGCAGAGCUACGGCAUCGCGGGCUCGCGGGACCGGGCGGCCGUGGCCGAGCUGCUGCGCCACGUGCACGUCCCCCCCUUCGAGCCCAGGGCCGGCGUCCGCAUCCACGUGUCCGACCAGGAGCUGCAGAGCGCCAACGCCACCCUGGGUGAGGGGCUGGGGGGCAUGG